GCCGCGCGAGCGCUAAAAGGCUUGCCGAGGAGGAGGAGGGAGGCGUUUGCCCGGCUGCUGCUUAGGUGAGCGGGUGGCUUCUUCGCGCCGCGAGUGCUGCCAGUCCCGAAGAAGGUCGCCUUGGAAGAGAGCGAGAGCGAGCGAGCCGUCUCGUUUCCCAUGGAGGCUUUCCACCCCGCCAAGCUGGACCACCACCACCACCACCCGCCCGUGGAGUUUUUGCCCGGGGGCGCCCGCUACGGCGCCAAGAGCCACAGCGCCUACGGGAACGCGUUCAACUCGUGGAACGACUACCUGGGUCUGGCCACGCUGGUCACCAAGGCGGUGAGCCAGCAGGAGAAGGGCUUCCGCAGCGGGUCCUCGUCGGUGGUGGUGGCGGCCACCGUGCAGCAGGUCGAGGAAGGCGAAGAGGACGACGAGGAGGAAGAGGACGAGGACGAGGAAGAAGAGGACGAGGAGGAAGACGGCGGCGCGCCUUAUUUCGAGAGCGCCCUGGAUUUGCGCGACUUCGACUUGUGCAGCCACCACCACCACCACUUGAGCCCCGCUGAGAGCCUGCUGGAGGAGCGCUUCGCCGACUUCAGCCCCUUCUCGGGCCGAGCCAGCCCGGCCUCGUCGGUCGUCUUCAACUGCUCUUCCGAUCCGCUGGAGAAGGAUCGCUCGGCGGCGCACUCCUGGGGCGGCCGCCUAGUGAUGGACGGCCGGCUGCACCCGGCGGCAGCGCCCAAGACGGGCUCCCGGCUGCUCAAGCCCGAGUUGCAAGUGUGCGUCUUCUGCCGGAAUAACAAGGAAGCCGUGGCGCUCUACACAACGCACAUCCUCAAGGGCCCCGACGGCCGGGUCCUGUGCCCGGUGCUGCGCAGAUACACGUGCCCGCUGUGCGGGGCGAGCGGGGACAACGCGCACACGAUCAAGUACUGCCCCUUGUCCAAAAUGCACGGAGGCGGCGGCAGCGCCCCCAAACAGCCGCUCAAAAGCGCCCGCCACAUCCUGGGCAAGAAGCUCCGCUAAGGGGCGCUGCCCGCGCGGCGGGAGCGGCUGCGGACAACGCGGGGCCCAAACCCAAACAACCCAUCUUCUUUCUUUUUCUUGCGCGUGUAUGCCCUCUACAGGACAAAGACAUUUCUUCGGAUUUUUUUUUAAAUAAUGUUCUUUAAUCGAAUGAUGUCCCCCUUCUUAAUAUAUUUAAACACGGAGACGGUAGAAUGUACAAAGAAAUGUUCUUGAUCUAUGUAUCAGAUAAUCGAAGUAUAGGUUCUAGUUUGUAUACUUAGUAGCCGGGGACGCCGGCCUAUGAAUUAACUCUCAGAAUUAUAACAUGCCGUUUAGAGGUACUGUAUUUGUUUAUUGUAAGAAUAUAUCUAAUUUUUAAAUGGAAUUAAGGAUAUCAUUUAUAAGUGUGCUCCCAACUGAUGUAGCUAUCUUUAAUAUUAAUUCUUGGCUGGAAAGGGAGCACUCAUUUUUUUAUUAAAAAAAAAACUCUUAACAGCUUCAGAGGAGCUAACCAGCAUGAACUUUGGUGACAAUGACCCCAGUGAAGGUUAUUGGGGUUUUCUAGGUGUGCAUUUAAACUGGUGGCCCCCACCCUGGUGAAGAAGUGGGGCUGAAAUGGUACUGAUGAAUUCUUUGUAUUGGACUGGCAAAUUUGUUCCUAUUGAUGUCUUCACUGUUUUACAAGCAAUACUUGGUUGUAGAAGUUGGAGCCAGGGGUUAUAGGCUGUGUAUGUCUGAGAUAUUUCUUGUGGUCUAGAACCACUUUGCGUUGGAACUUUCUCCCCUGAGUCAAACUUCAUAUUUUCAGUGCAUGUUCUUGGUUUGCCAUUCCAAAAUUGAAUGCUUAAUCCACUUUGGCCCCUUUUUCGUUUCUUUAAAUGCGGUUCAUUUCCCUGUAGCCCAGCUAGGGUGACUUGGCUGAUCUUUAUGAAGUGUGGAAGUAAAGGUGUCUGAGAGACUGGAUUUCACAGCCUGUUCUUUCCUCUGGACUCUUCUCCUUUGAACCCACUAGGCUAACUUGAGCCUCCCAAAUUCAGACCAAUGAUGCUGGGCCACAACACUGAGCAGAAAGGGUAGCUGAUGUGCUUUAAUUUUACCAUAGAGCCAUAAAAGCAAGGAAUCAUUCUAAUCCACUUGAGCUGUCUUUCAGGUGACCAGGCUUCCCCUUAUUAAGGUCAUGUAGCAAAAAGAAGAUGGUCAACAGCAACAGUCAUGACACUUUCUAGCCAAAACUUUUUUAAAAAAUUACAAUAAAUAAAUUGGGAGAGGAGAAAAUGAAGGAUGGUUAUUGUUCAUGCAUAAAUACUAAAAAUUUAAAGACACACUUCCUAGAAAGUUGCAUAGACUUUCAAGCACAUAAAGCAACCUUGUAACACCCCAAACAAGACUGGGGAAAGAAUUGUAAUGGUGAGGAAUUGGUGUGACUCAUGGUCUCUCACUUACCAGCCAUCCCUGAAAGGUAAAAUGAUCCAAAUAAAAUUUGGAGGGAGUAGGCCUGACUCUGGUUUCCCGAUACAGUACUUGCAAAUACGAGCAACAAAGAUUUUGUUUAAAAACUUCCUAAUGUCUAAGACUUCCCUGUUAAUAUUACAAAGGGGUCAAAAAAAACCCCAGCAGCUUUUAAGUAUUAAGUUCAUAUUUGCAGGUCCUUCAUGGGUCUCCUAGUGGGUCUGUUUCAUAUUAUUUUAGUUCUCCCAAUGUUUACAGUGUUGUACAGCAUCAUGUCUAAACAGCACGUGUAUUUUAAGAAACUGUGUGCUGCUAUUCAGAUGAAUAUAGCAGUUCAGUAAAUCCUCAAUAGGUUGCUACAAACCCAUCAAGGCUAUACAGUACAGUAUUCUAUGGCUGCCUAGCAGCAAAACAUGAAGGUACCUUUAAACCACCUAUCCAGUACUCUGCCAGCAGUGAUGGAGAGAGAGUGGAAUUAUUGUCUGUGUUCCUCUAUUUCUGGGUUUCUUUCUUUUUAAAUGCCUUUCAUUAUUAUUACAGAGAGAUUGAUUUAGAUGCAGGCAGAAACAUGUCAGUUCCCCCUCCUGCUGGCUUGAGGGCAUGAGACAUGCAGAGCUUCUAAUCUCAGCUGCUUCCUGGCACGCCCCCUUCCUCGUCCUUUUUACAUCAGUUGGGCUGGAAGAGCCAUCCCUGUUGGAUAUCCCAAUGUCAACUCUCCCUCUCCCAAAUUGGCAUUCAGUCUCCAAACUGUGUGGGAGGGAGGGGUAGAUGCAAUCUGUACUAUGAUCCCUGAAACCCUCUCCCAGAGAGUGUCAGACAGCAGCCUAAAACAGCAACGUCUGAGGGGCAGCAUUUGCAGUGGGGCAUAGCUACCGGUACGAAUCUCAUUUGGAAUGUCCAAAGACUCUCUGAAAAGUUCUUAAAAUUUCUGCAGGAAGUGGCCCCAUAUAUGGGUUGUUUUUACUGACAAGGCCCUGGCUGCAACAGGUGGAGAUGAAUCUAGGCUCUGCAUAAAAUGGGAUGGAAAGCAGAGCCUCAUUGGACAAUCUUCUGGAGUGGCAGCGAAACCCCCACAAGAGGAUACAGUCCCAGAGAUAAUUAGGUCCUAAGGCUAAGCUGUUUGCCCUGAUUGAAUGCGUCUGGAAGCCAUGGUGUGCAGAAACUUCUAAAACACAUUUUCUGGCAAAAAUGGACAGCAACCUAGUUCUUGGUGUAUAGAUGAAUGCCUUUGCAGGCUUAAAAUUCUGUGCACACCAAAGUAUACUUGCCUGUUUUCUUAAAAGUUCACAGAGUCUGAUGAGGAUUCUAAAAUGUAUUGUAGGCCUGCCUUUAAAUUGAACAAGCCUAAUAUUUUCUGUUUUGCAGUGUGGCAUGUUUUGUUUUGUUUUUUGUUUUUAAAUGGAGAGGUAACAACUAAACAUGUUG